GUCGUCUUCACUCGCGGUGGGCCCCGCUCCAUCGUGGGGCUGGAGACCGGGCCAAGCUCUCCGGCACCACCCAGAGGCCCAGCCCGCGCGCAUCGGGCUCGGGGAAGCUUCGACGCGUCUGGCCGGGACCGCGUCCCCUCUCCGCCAAGGCCCAGACGGAGCCCAGCGCCUGCUACUCGAGCCGCUGGCCCCGGCCCGGCGCGACCGCGGGAGGCAGGCGGCCCGUAUGCAAAUGUCCCGCGGGGGCCGGGGGACGCCUCCAGCGCCCGGGAUAAAAGGCGGAGUGAGGCGCGCGGGGCCGCAGAAGUCGCUGCCUCCCGGGAGCCUGCCGUGCGCUCAGGCCCCCGCGCCCCUGCCCGCAGCCCCGACAGCGCGGUCCUCCCCGCGGCCCCCGACAGUGACUGGGAAACAGAAGACUGGAAACAUGUCCGAGUUUUGGUUGAUUUCGGCCCCUGGUGAUAAGGAGAAUUUACAAGCGCUGGAGAGGAUGAAUACUGUAACCUCCAAGUCCAACCUGUCCUACAACACCAAAUUUGCUAUUCCUGACUUCAAGGUGGGGACCUUGGAUACUCUUGUUGGUCUCUCUGAYGAGUUGGGGAAACUCGAUACCUUUGCUGAAAGCCUCAUCAAGAGAAUGGCUCAGAGUGUAGUGGAGGUCAUGGAGGACUCCAAGGGGAAGGUCCAGGAGAACCUGCUGGCCAACGGAGGUGUGAAGGAGAACAUGAAAUGUCUCAAGAUUGACCUGACAUCCUUUGUGACCCAUUUUGAAUGGGACAUGGCCAAAUACCCUGCGAAGCAGCCGCUGGUGAACGUGGUGGACACUCUAGCCAAGCAACUGGCACAGAUCGAGUCRGACCUGAAGUCCCGCACGGCAGCCUACAGCGCCCUGAAGACGACCCUGGAGAACCUGGAGAAGAGGUCCACGGGGAACCUCUUCACUCGGACACUGAGUGACAUUGUGAGCAAAGAAGACUUUGUGCUGGACUCAGARUAUCUCGUCACACUUCUGGUCAUCGUCCCCAAGCCAAGCUAUGCACAGUGGAGGAAGACCUAUGAAUCCCUCUCGGACAUGGUGGUCCCCAGGUCGACCAAACUGAUUGCCGAGGACAACGAGGGUGGCCUCUUCACAGUGACUCUAUUUCGAAAAGUGAUUGAUGAUUUCAAAAUCAAAGCCAAAGAGAACAAGUUCACUGUUCGUGAAUUUUUCUAUGAUGAGAAAGAAAUUAAAAGGGAAAGGGAAGAGAUGACCAGGUUGCUGUCKGAUAAGAAGCAACAGUAUGGCCCCCUGCUGCGCUGGCUCAAGGUGAACUUCAGCGAGGCCUUUGUUGCCUGGAUUCACAUCAAGGCCCUCAGAGUGUUUGUGGAGUCCGUGCUCAGGUACGGGCUGCCAGUGAACUUCCAGGCAGUGCUCCUGCAGCCUCACAAGAAGUCAGCCACCAAACGCUUGAGGGAGGUGCUGAACUCUGUCUUCCGGCACCUGGAUGAAGUGGCGGCAGCAAGUAUCCUGGAUGCGUCUGUGGAGAUCCCUGGGCUGCAACUCAGUAACCAAGACUACUUCCCCUACGUCUACUUCCACAUUGACCUCGGCCUUCUUGACUAGGAAGGCCAGCGGGCACAGCUGGCUUCACAGGCAGGCUGUGGGUGCAGACACCGCUUUCUCUAAGGCAAAGGAUGAAGUCCUACAGAACUGUGAUUUUCAGAGAAAGUGCUCACAAAAGUUAGUUACAGUGUAUUUAUUUUUUUAAGUUACAAUAAAAUGCUCAGUCCUUUGAAGUCUCUUAUGUUCUAACAUAAUUCAAAACUUGAUUUUUUUUCUGAGUUAUGUAAAUCUGAACGACCUAUAAUGUGGUAACCUGCUGCUUUCAUGUUUCCUGUAGCACAGGAACAAACUAAGUUCUAAGGGAGAUCAGUAGGAACAUAAAAUACCUUGAGCUAACUGUAUAACCAGGUAUCCUAACAAAUGGUCACUGGUGACAGCCCAAAGACAAAUUUGGGAGCAGGAGAAGCAGAUCUCAUCUGACAAGCAAGUUCCCUUGUGCACUCUGCAUUGUGGGCAUCCCAAGGCAGCAUUUGAGUCAAAGAGGUCUUGUUUUCCGUUUUAAAAAAGGUUCAUGGGGAGGAAGAGCCAGGGUCAUCAGUUCAUGACAUUAAUUUACUGCUGAACAUCAGACUCUGUAUGAUGUGGACACUAAUUUCAUACAUGUAUUGGCAUUGUCCAAAAUAUCAUUUUAUUCUUUAAUGGAAAAAGCCAUUGAUAUUCAAAUGAAGGAAUCACAUUUAAAAAACCUAUAUAUAAGAAACAGCCUCCAAGAACAUUCAAGCAGCCAUCAGGGGGAGGGAAAAUGUUUCUACAGCCCAGUUUUCUUCAAAAUAUUAUGUGAGAAUACAAUCCAAUUCACUGGCUACAACAAUUCAUAGAAUUUUUCAAAGUUUUCUUGAGAUGCAAAAGCUCACUGUCGCAGUGCUUUCAAAUGACCAAUCAAGUGUUACUUCCUGGUUAAAAAGGCCACUGGUAGAUUAGUCGGAUUGUAAAGAACGUUC